UACUUGCGUGACAGUUUGUCUUGCCUCGUCUUAUUACGUGAACGUGUCAUUGAGCAGGGCAACAUUCGUUACAUGGGAAACCGAAAGUGUUUCACUUCAUACUUUUACUUUCACUUUUAAAGCAACACACAUGUCCGAAUACAUGAAAUUAUUCCACUAUUGAUGGAAGACAGGUCGAGGCACAUGCGACUGAGAGAAUGGCUCAUAGCGCAGAUAGACAGCGGCAAAUACGCUGGACUAAGCUGGGAAAAUGAGGAGAAAACCAUGUUCAGAAUUCCCUGGAAACACGCCGCCAAACAGGACUACAGACAGAACCAGGACGCUGCGCUGUUUAAGGCAUGGGCUAUGUACAAGGGUAAAUUUCAAGAGGGCAGGGACAAAGCAGAUCCAUCUACUUGGAAAACACGCCUGCGUUGUGCGCUCAACAAGAGCACAGAUUUCCAGGAGGUUCCUGAGCGCAGUCAGCUGGAUAUCUCUGAGCCAUACAAGGUCUACCGUAUCCUGGACGACUCAGGAAGAGUGACAGAAUCUGCUGGAAACCCAGUGAUAUCACAUGACAGCGACUGCAGCAAAGCCUUGAGAGAUACACAACUGCCCAUGCAGGAGGACAGUCCACUUGGUGACUCAAACAAAGGUGCUGGAUGGAGUGUGAAUGGCAGGUCGUAUGCAUGUCCCAGUACAGACACUAAAGCCUGCAUUAGCUCCAAUCUUCAAUCUGUUCCCAUAUAUCCAUCUCACAUCCCCCUAUCAGAUUGCCGUCUGGAGGUGCGUUUGUUCUAUCAUGGUAACCUGGUGCAAAAGCUCAUAACUUCAUCUCCAGAUGGCUGCUUCAUUCUGCAAGGCUGUGCUCCGGUAGGGAACGAGCGUAUCUACGGGCCUUGUGAAGCUGAGAAGGUUUUCUUCCCCCGUCCAGACACCAUCCGCCUGCCCCCAGGCAUCACUGAAGCCAUGAGCCGUCUUCUGCCCCACCUGGAGAAAGGUGUGCUGGUGUGGGUAGCUCCAGAUGGCGUGUUCAUCAAACGCUUCUGCCAGGGCCGCGUGUACUGGGACGGCCCAUUGGCAGAGCACAGACAGAAACCAAACAAACUAGAGAGAGAGAGGACCUGUAAACUCCUGGAUAUGACCAUCUUCAUGCAAGAGUUACAAAACCACCAGCAGGCCACUGGUCCCGAGCCACGAUACACAGUGGACCUGUGCUUCGGAGAGGAGUUCCCUGACCCCAGCCAACCAAAGAACAAGAAGCUCAUCACUGCAGAAGUGAUUCCUCUGUUUGCUGUAGAGUGUCUCCGCAGGCAUAAUGCACCUAAUAAUGUGGAGAUGAAGCAAUCACCCCCACACAGGAAAACCAAUGAUUAGACACACCUUAAUCAGAACAGCGCACAUUUCAUCAUCCCUGUGUUUGAUUUCUCCAAAUAAUAAUAAUUAUAAUAAAAAUGAUAAUAAUAAUAAACAUUUAUAUUUCUGUAACUAACAGCAGUAGAAUAAAAUGUAUGUUCACAUUUUCUUCUCUCAUUAUCAAGCUUUAUUCUAAUCUAUAUUUUUUUACUAAUAAUCAUGAUUCUGAUGCAAUUAGAUUAUGAUUUCUUUAUUUUUUGUAAAAUUAUGUUUGGAAAAUUAAA